CCACCUUAUAAUUUAAAAUACAUCCCAAAAGAAACUGUACUCCCAAAGCCAAUCACCAACCUCUACGAUGAAGAAAACAUGAACUUAUCACACAGUGAGCUACUUGAAAAAUGUAGUAAAGUGACUUUGACGAUAAGUGACGAAGAAAUAAAGGCAAUUGAGGCACACACGAGGCAACAAUCAGCAACAAGUGUGUGGUUUCAGCAAAGAGGAGGAAGAAUCACAGCCUCAAAUUUCAAGUCUGCCAGCCAUACCAAUAUCAAUAAGCCAUCACAAAGCUUAAUCAAAACUAUUUGCUACCCUGGAGCUAUGAAGUUCAAAAGUACUGCAACAACUUGGGGAUGCAACAAUGAGUCAAAUGCACGUGGUGCUUACUUGGAGCACAUGAGGAAGAGUCAUGAAUAUUUUACCAUAUCAGACAGUGGACUUCAAGUCAACAAGCAGUGGCCUUUCAUUGGGGCGUCCCCUGACGGCAUGGWAUAUUGCAAAUGUUGCGGAUCUGGAGUGUGCGAGGUCAAGUGCCCAUACAAAGCAAAGGAUGCUCACCCUACAGAUCUAUCAAAUGAGAACAAUUAUUGCCUAAAACAAAGUGGUAACUUGGUAUAUCUUGACAAAGCGCAUAGCUAUUAUUACCAAGUACAAUGUCAAAUGUUUGUGUGUGAUGUGGAGUAUUGUGACUUUAUUGUGUGGACUCCAAAGGGACUAUUUGUGGAACGGAUUAUGCCAGAUGUCGAGCUGUGGAACUCAGCACUGGCAAAAGCCACUGAUUUCUUCUUCAAGYGAAUUCUUCCCGAGAUUGUUGGCAAGUGGUAUUCCCGCCCAACACUCCCGUCAACUCAUGUGCAACCUGACGUAGAUGAUGAUGAUGCUGAGUGGUGCAUCUGUCAACGACGGAUUGAAGGAAGUACCCUUGUUGGGUGUGACAAUGAUGAUUGUAAAAUAAAAUGGUAUCAUCUACAGUGCCUGAGGCUGAAAGAACCCCCGCAAGGAAGUUGGCUAUGCAACAACUGCCAGUUAUGAACUACAAGAUGAACUCUCCAUGUACAAAGAACAAGCUGAGUGAAACUAACAAUCAUUUGUAUGUAAUUUAUUGUYAAUAGUGGUUUCAAUA